AUGCCGAUCCUCAAGCAGCUGGUGUCCAGCUCCGUGCACUCCAAGCGCCGCUCCCGAGUGGACCUCACGGCCGAGAUGAUCAGUGCCCCGCUGGGCGACUUCCGCCACACCAUGCACGUGGGCCGGGCGGGGGACGCCUUUGGGGACACCUCCUUCCUCAACAGCAAGGCUGGGGAGCUGGACAGUGAGUCCGUGGACGAGCAGGCCGCCGCCUCCUCCAAGCGCGGCCUCCUGUCCCGGAAGUUCCGGGGCAGCAAGCGGUCGCAGUCAGUGAGCAGGGGCGACCGGGAUCACAGGGACGUGCUGGGCCCCCUGCGGGACUCGGCCCUCUUCGUCAAGAACGCCAUGUCCCUGCCUCAGCUGAACGAGAAGGAGGCCGCCGAGAAGGGCUCCAGCAAGCUGCCCAAGAGCCUGUCCUCCAGCCCCGUGAGGAAGGCCACGGGGGAGGGCGGCCCGGAGGAGGCGGGGCCUCGGCGGAAUGGGGCCUCCGCCCCCCACUCCCCAGACCCCCUCCUCGACGAGCAGGCCUUCGGGGACCUGGCGGAUCUGCCCGUGGUGCCCAAGGCCAGCUUUGGGCUGAAGCACGCCGAGUCCAUCAUGUCCUUCCACAUCGACCUGGGGCCCUCCAUGCUGGGCGACGUCCUCAGCAUCAUGGACAAGGGGGAGUGGGAACCGGAGGAGGAGGGGGAGGCCGGUUGCCAUGGUGACGAGGACCCAGCAGGCGGCCCCACCCAGGCUGCCCCGCCUCCGCCGCCGGCGGCAGCCCUUCCCCCGGCAAGGCCGGAAGGAGCGGGGGGCCCGGACCUACCCGCGCUGCCCUCGCGCGCGCUGCCGGAGGAGGGCUGGGCCGCGGGGGCCCCCAGCCCCGGCUCGGCCCGCAGCGGGGGCAGCAGCCACACCACGCGGGACAGCAGCUCCCUGUCGAGCUGCGCCUCGGGGGUCCUGGAGGAGCGCAGCCCCGCCUUCCGGGGGCCGGGCCGGGCCCGGGCCGCGCUGCCGACGCAGCCGGACCCCGAGUUCUCCUUCAUGGACGAGGAGGAGGACGACGAGAUCCGAGUGUGA